UUUAACCGGACGAGUUAAAGGGAAACUGUGAGUGUGUGAGUGUGUGUGUUGCGGUCACCAUGGUUCUCCUCAGACGGACGGCGCUGCUUCGUCUCCUGCUGCUGGCGGCCAUGUUGGCUCUGCUCCUCUUCGUCAGCUCCUUCUGGCUCCCUCAGGGCGGCAUCAGUGAAUGUGGCAGCGCCUGGCAGCCAUGUUUGAGUUUUUACCGACUUCAGCCCGAGCCUCCGUCGGUCCCUACAGGGAGGGCGGGGGCUGGCGAAGCCCCGCCCCUCAUAAAGGAGUGUCCCGGCCAAUCGUUUCAGGCGCGGCGUCUGCUGCGACAUUUAAAAUCGAGCCUGACGGACGCCGACGACGUCCUGCUGGAGCCGUACCUGCAGAGCUGGGACCAGCUCCUCAAUUUCAUGGAGUCUCUCGGGACGAUGGUCAGUUUUUUCUCUCAGAAAGUGAAAGAAAAAGUCGUCCUGAUUCGACGGCUGACGCUCAAAAACAGCACAGAGGCUCAUGGGAAACGCGGUCCGUCCGACAGCUCUAGACUACAACCACCAGCAUCGUUUGGACUCAAAACCGGGGCGUAUCGCUCGGUCCGAUCCAUGGUGGGGGCGGAGCUAAAAGCGGGCGUGGUGGACUUCUUCGAGCGAACAGAUUCGGGCUGCAGGACGCUGCUGCGGCUGCAUCGCUCUCUGCUGUGGGUGAAGCUGAUGUUGGAGGGUCUGACUGACGGACCGGACGCCGACGGACGAUACAAAACCCCCGGAGAGCUCGGCAGGGACGCCUACCGGGUGGCGUUGGCCCCCCACCACCCCUGGAUGCUCCGCCAGGCUGCAGAGGUCGUCUUCCUCGCCCUCCCGGACAGACAGUACUUCCUGCAGCUGGUGUGCGUGCAGAGUCAGGAGGAGGCCACGCCCGUCCUGCACGUCAUCAUCGACGCCCUGACGCUCGUGCACACGCAGACUCAGACAAUCCUGGCAGAGCACGGCAUGCUGGAGCUGCCCUGAACGCAGCACGUCCGCAACGUGACUGAACGCGCAUGAAUUCUUGAGCCGUGGACAAAACAAUGUGACCUUUGACCAUCAAUUCUAACCAGUUAAUGCCAAGUGUACGUUUGUGCCAAAUUUGAGGACGCCGUCAAGGUGUUUUUACGAUGUCGUGCUCAUGACAAUGACACAGAUGUAAAGUCACGGCGACCUUUGACCACCAAAUUCUAGUCUGGUCACUGUUAAGUCCAAGUGUACGUUUGUGCCAAAUUUGAGGAAACUCCGUCAAGCCGUUUUUACGAUAUGGCCUCCAUGUUAAAGAGAGGGCCGUAAAGUCUCGGCGACCUUUGACCACCAAAAUCUCGUCAGUGAACUUUGAGCCUCGGUGGGCAUUUGCGCCUCUAACGUACAGCUGCGGGUGUCAGCACUUUCAUAUUAACGUUAUAAAUAUAAGAAUCCUUUUACACACAUUUGAGUUUAUUUUGGUCACAUACAGUUUGAAGCAUAUCAACCUUUUUUUUUAACCCUUUGAAACCUGGAUUGACAGAUUUAUUUGUGCCAAAACCUUUUAAUGCUUUUCGGGCAAAUUGGUUUAAUUCCCUUUAGAAAAACAUCAAUAACUGAAAGAAAUUAGGAAAAGG